UUUCCUCUUAUGUGUAUCUUCCUUGCAAUGUCAUCCGCCACCAAUUCCCCCACCGCCCAAAUCACCCACCACCGCCGCCGCCUCGAUCAGGACAACGACGAGGCAAUCGCACACACGCCGACGCUACGGUAUGCGGCGUCGCGGAAGAGAGCGGCGGAGAGUAGUUGGAUUGAUGAUUGCGUGACGAGCGCGUCUGCAGUUAUGACCUCAAGGAAGAACGCGCUUUUCGUCUUCCUUUUGGCGCUCCUCAUCGUCUCCGCCUUCAUGAAAUUCUCCUUCACCAAAAUCGUCACAACGGACAAGGACUUUUUGUUUAUUCACAAUUUUAAGAAUGAUUUGUCGUCGAAUGCCGUUUUCGAUUCCGACGCCGCCGCUGCUUUGCAGAAGCGCCAGAUGAAGGACUUUCCGGUCCCAGAAAUAUGGAUGAAACCCAAUAGUGACAACUACUACAGAUGCAUAGCUCGACCAAGAAAUUGGACAAGGACAAGCAAUAAGACCAACGGAUACAUAUUAGUACACGCAAACGGAGGAUUGAAUCAAAUGAGAACAGGGAUAUGUGAUAUGGUAGCAGUAGCAAAGAUUAUGAAUGCCACUCUUGUGCUUCCCUCCCUUGAUCAUCAGAGCUUUUGGACAGAUCCUAGUGAUUUCAAGGAUAUAUUCGAUUGGAAGCAUUUUAUCGAGGUUCUGAGAGAGGAUAUCGACAUAGUUGAGACAUUGCCACCACGGUACAAAUCCGUGCAUCCCCUGAUCAAAGCGCCCGUGUCAUGGUCAAAGGCUGGUUACUACAAAGGAGAAAUUCUUCAUUUGAUGAGGAAGCAUAAGGUGAUCGAGUUCACACAUACAGAUUCACGCCUUGCAAACAACGGCCUGCUCUCCUCGAUACAGAAGCUGAGGUGCCGUGCUAACUAUGAGGCCCUUCGUUACACGCCUGAGAUUGAAGAGCUCGGGAAGAAACUGGUUGAGCGCCUCAGAGGCAAAGCCAGCGAACCUUAUAUUGCACUUCACUUGAGAUACGAGAAAGACAUGCUUGCGUUUACAGGGUGCAACCACAAUCUGAGCGCUUGGGAGGCAUAUGAGCUUCGUGAGAUGAGGUACAACGUGAUGCAUUGGAAGGAGAAAGAGAUCAACAGCAGCGAGAGGCGGCUGGAGGGGGGCUGCCCCAUGUCUCCGAGAGAGGCAGCAUUCUUGCUCAAGGCCAUGGGGUACCCUUCGUCAACGAAAAUCUACAUUGUUGCAGGUGAGAUCUAUGGCAACAACAGCAUGGACGUGCUGCGAAAAGAGUACCCCAACAUCCUCUCUCACUCAACCCUCGCGACAGAGCAAGAGCUAGAGCUCUUGAAGACUUACCAGAACCGCCUCGCUGCCUUGGACUACAUCAUAGCCUUGGAGGGCGAUGUGUUCGUGUACACAUAUGAUGGGAACAUGGCGAAGGCAGUGCAGGGCCACAGAAGGUUCGAGGGAUUUAAAAGGACGAUAAAUCCUGAUAGGUUGAAUUUCGUGAGGCUGAUUGAUUCUUUGGACGAGGGGGCGAUUUCUUGGGAGAGGUUCGCCUCUGAGGUGAAGCGUCUGCACAAUGACAGAAUCGGAGGGCCUUACCCGAGGCAGGCAGGGGAGAUACCGAGACUGGAGGAGAACUUCUACGCGAAUCCCUUCCCGGGCUGUGUAUGCAACAAAACAAAGCAUAAGCAGCAGUUGGAUCACCGACAAGAAAAUAGCAGUAGUUCGGUAGUUGCUUCACAAUGACACACGAGGGCAUUUUAGUUUGGUUCAGUAAGGAAAAGUGGUGUUUUGAAAUGGAGAGAGCAUUGCACAGACACCCUUCCGAGAACAUGCUUCAAAGCAGAUUCGCACGCACACACGCUUUGCCAUGUUUGUACAUUGACAACGACGAAUUGGUCAAAUUUUAGUGGUACGUAGGCUAUUAUAACCUGCGACGAAAUAUAUACGCCAUGUAUUCAACUUAUUCUUUCAUAAUUUAUUCGAGCACAGAUUGGCAACUAAA